UCAAACAUUGGAUUUAUCUAGCUUUCUUUAGUUUUACUAAUCUCAAAUUUAUUAAGAUUAUGAUCGAAUGAUUACCAGUUAUUGGAUUCAGAUGCGUGAUCGUUAAAAAGAAGCGUGCAUGAGCUCGCUGAGUAAAAUAUUGCGACGAUUCCUCUUUGUUAUUUCAUUAAUGUCAACUACAAACACAUCUUUUCCGUGAUAAUUGUCCAUAAGCAAACUACAUGUCUACGGAGUGACAACGUGAGGCCGCCAGCGCCGUUAAGCAGCAUCUAAUUGACACGUAACAGUUAUUGGACAUUUACAACGACUCGCUGUGCCGACCUGCCCAGGCAGUGGAGCUCUCUGUAAAAAGUAAUUAAUAUGGAUUGAAAGCUGGGAUUCAGUGGCGGGGUUUGAAAACUUAUCUCGCCAGGCAAGACUGCCGGGAUUGCCGCUGGUAGAUACACGUAAUACCACUGACCGGCGAAUCGGACUUGUUUGCCAUCCAAGAUAAAAGUCCGGUAAUCAAUAGAAUGGUUUGCUUUAUUACUAGUUUAGAGGAGACGUUAAAAUCCUCUUCCUAUUGAAUUACAUUCAUACAUCGCUGUACCGAAAUUCAAACUUAUCGAUCCACUGCCACAAGUGAUGCGGUGUGUAUACAUAUAGACAGUGUAAUUGAAAAAAAAAUCCCGCAAAUAUGCCACAGAUGUUACCACAGGACUUAGAUGAGGAUGUUCGUGGACAUUAACGGGGAAAAUAAUACCAGAAAAUAUAGUCGAUGGGUUAAAGAGAUCUAUUUCCAGGAGAGAGCAGCUAAACCGCACAACACAGGGAGACUGGAUACAACGCAUGACCACUCCGUAAGAUCGCAGGAACCGCCACCGAGAAGUUUUUUUCAAUCAGAAAAUAAACACAAGAUAGAUCAACAAGUUCUUUGAAGAGCGCAUGCGCUGCUGAUGCGAGUAAUUGCUGGGAAUGUAAAGAUGGCGGUGACUUGCUUAUAUUUCGAUAUUCAACAUGUGUUAAAUUCGUAUUAUUCAGUGGAAUACUACUUGUAAAUGUGUUUUGAUGAUUGGAAAUUAUAGAACAAGUGUUGGAUAAGAUAGUUAUGUCGUUUAUUCCUCAGUGGUCCACGGUUUAUCGGAGUGCAAUCGGUUUUCACCAACUCACAAGAGGAUCUUUUAUUCAUUCUAUCAGUGGAGGCUAUUCUGGACAACAGUGUAGCGGCCAUUCAAGAAAGGUAAUGCCAAAUAGUGAAGAAGUUGUUUUAUUAAAAACGGGAAAAACAAAUUCUUUUGGAUAAAUGUAGUCAAACAGAGAAAUAAAAUAUCUUUCAUGCUUUUCCUAAAAUAUAUGAAACUGUGCUCUUUUUCUGAACUAUGAUAUUAAGUUAUGAAGAUGGGAAUACGUCAUAUGCUAAGCCGAACACUCACAAACCGACCAUUUGGGCUAAGUGCAGUUACACUCAGUGUGUUGUCGUUCUUGUAACCAUCAUGGUAUUUACGAAAGCGUGUCUUGGCUCGGGUUUCCCGGAGCUUUCCAAUGUCGUUUGUGGACCUAUGUAUCAUGCGUAUGUACAUCCUGUUAAAAUCAAGAAUCAGUGCCUUUUUCUUGAUACGCGGUUAACCCACGAUAUAUGUGUCGAUAAAAGGACGUCCAGACUUCCGGACAUACACUUAAAAUUUUGCAACAUGUACACUCUUAGCCACACAAUACCUCAGAAUGAAUCCGAGAUACGGAUGGGCGUUGACUGUAACGAAACUCUGGUAGACCUGGUGAGAAGUGAUAAGAAUGCUUCGGAGGAAUUUCAACUGUUCACCAGUGUGUUGCAGAGAGUCGACUGUGAUACCGAAUACUCCGUCAAGUGGAGUUGCAGCGUCUGCAGGGAGGCCUACAAGAACUGGUUGUGUUCACAACACAUUCCCGUGUACCACCAGCCAUCGCACUCACAAUUACUGCCCUGUGAGGAUUUCUGCUCAGGGGUAGAACAUAAGUGUCCGUUCCUUAAGCCUCUAGCGGAAUCGACAUAUGCAGGGGAACCUAGUUUUAUAUGCAAAGAUCCAUCAUCGGAUAUGGUGCCAAGUCUUUCGGAGCAAUGUUACAAACAGUGUUAUUUAACAGACGACAAUAAUGCAAAAUGUCUUCGUCACUUUCCGUCACGACACAACUUCAGUGCUGCCCUCUAUACAAAUACCACGGAACAUAACUCCUGCUGCUCCAUCAUUACAAACUCAUUCACAAGGAUGUGUGUGCAUUUGGUUGGUCUAUAUCUCGUUAGGACACUGUUAUUAUUUAUUUCUAUAGGUUUAACGUAAUUGUAUAGUUGUUUUUGGCGUGUAGUAUUGACAGAAGUUUAGUGUGUGAGUGAUACGCGUGAGUCUGUCUGUCUGUCUGUGUGAAGUGUUGCUGGUUCGUUGAGUUGAUGAUUCUGUUUUUAUAAGCAAUAUAUUUAAUAAGUCGUCAUCUUGACUGACAACAUAUGUUUAUUUUGCAGUUGUUGUAGUCUAUUUGUUCUUCCGUGCAAUAAGAUCGUUAUAUACAUGUACACACAUGUUGAAUAUACAAAUAAUUGAUUUUAAUAAUGAUUAAUAAUGUGACCACACUUUUGUUUAUAUCUUAACUUGCAUUUGGAUUUCGUAUAAUUCCCCUUUCAUUAAAUAUAUAAAAAAGACAUCAUAUAUAUCAUAUUUUAGUUCAGCUUGUAAAUGAGCGUAAUUAUUGAUAUAGAAUUUAUUUAUUUAUCUGUUUAUUCAUUUAUCAAUCAUUUGUUCUCAGUCCAAAAUUUUAUUUAUAAUUCGAUAUUUAUUUUAAAAUAUUUCUACUUGUUAUGUGAUAGAAUUGUAUUGUUUCAAAUAAUAAACAAAUGAGAAUUUAUAUCUUAAUUAUACUUUUACCAUUAGACAUGUUAUAAUGAAAACAACUCGUCCGUUGGUGUCCGUUGCACACACACUGACCGACGGGUGGUUUGGCUAUUUCUUUUUCUUUUUUUUUUUUGAUUUUGCACUGGAUAUUUGUGAAUUAAAUGAUAUUUCUGAAAUGAUUAGUGUUUAAGUUAGAAAUGAUAUCAUUACAUUCUUAUCAUUACAUGUACACAAUAAAACUCCAUAAGCAUUUUUAGAAAUAUUUUGACCGUGUCACCAGCCUUCCUCGGUAGUGUUUCAGAUACACGUACAGUACAUGUAUAUAUGAAAGACAACAAGUUUUUCUAAUUUUCGAGGAAUUGGAUGAACUGCCUUUUGUUCUCUUGCCAAAAAGCAAAUCUGAGAUAGUAGUUGACUUGGACAAAUGAUGUUUUAUCAAUAUCUUGUCAAUAAGUAGGAUAAUCAUAGAUUGUGUGAAUAAUUCGGGAGAUACGCUCAUUUGUCACAAUUACCAAAUCUGAGACAGAACAUUAUUUUGGCAAAAUAGAUUUCUGCUCAUGUGUAUGUAACUCAAUAAAAACAAACCACUGAUGUAAGUGGUCAGUGGUCAAGUACAAACCACUACUGUAAGUGGUCAGUGGUCAAGUACAAACCACUAAUGUAAGUGGUCAGUGGUCAAGUACAAACCACUACUGUAAGUGGUCAGUGGUCAAGUACAAACCACUACUGUAAGUGGUCAGUGAUGAAGUAACGGUAAAACAAAUGUUUAAAAUAACGAAUUGCAGUGACAGUGUCAGGAUAUGAAAAUAAAAAUACAUAAGGACAAAAUGUGUAUUCCUAGUCUGUGUUGUUUACACACAAGUGUUUGAUGACUACUGUUAAAUCGUGCUGAUGAUACAACAUCUCUUAGUACUAAGAAUCUGAAUUGUUGGAAACUUUCCAGAGAGUUUCAGACUUGCUUUUUGCAAAGACUGCAGGUAGCAGAUUUAGAAGAACUUGUACGAAUUGGAGAAUAUGGUGGUCAGAGGUGUUGAACUGUAGAGAGUAUGUUCAGACAGGUAGUUUACGAUAAUUCCAAUUUUAUAUAUUUGAACAAAACAGGGGAAUGAUUUCUUUUGAGUGAUUUUCUUUUUUUACCUGUUUGUACUAUUUUCGCUGCAUUAUUUCAGCUUCGGCUCCAAAUCAUGUCUGUUUUGUUUGUUUUUAAGUUGUCUGAUAAUUUAUCUGUAUUUUUCUUAGUUUCAUGUGACACAUUGUAAACAACAAUAAACUGGAUGUUGACAGCAGACGACACAUGUAAAGUGAUAGUCUACAAACAUGUGCGUCUCAUGGCAUUACGAUGAUAUUUUUCAUUACAGAUGGUUAGAUUUAUUAAUUAAAAGUGAAAAGUAA